AUGAAUAAGUACAACACAAGAUCCGUUUCCUUUGUGCACAUUUUUGUCCUCACCCUUUUCUCUCUCCAAACAAAAUCCUCCACAACCACAGCACAAGCACAGGCAGCACGGGCACUGGUGAGGUGGAGAAACACCUUAUCAUCACCAUCUCCACCAUACCUAGCUUCAUGGUCCCUCAACAACCUCACAAGCCUCUGCUCAUGGCCCGGGAUACGCUGCGCCAACGACGGAGGCUCGAUUUCCGAGAUCAACUUACCAAAUGCUGGCCUCACUGGUACUUUGGACGGCCUCGACUUCGCCUCAUUCCCCAACCUCACGCUUCUCGACCUCAACGGGAACAGUCUCGAAGGCCCGAUCCCAGCCGCUAUCGGCAACCUCUCCCGCCUCUCGUUCUUGGACCUCGGCAACAACUUUCUAGAACAUUCCAUACCACCUGAGAUUGGCGAUUUGAGAAGGCUCAACUACAUUAGCCUCCAGAACAACAACCUCGUCGGACAAAUACCGUCCCAGAUCGGAAAUCUUCAGGAGCUGGAGUUCAUCGACUUGGGCUCAAAUUACUUGGAGACUCCUGAUUGGUCACAAUUUCCAAGCUUCCCAUUGUUACAACAUCUCAGCCUUUACUACAAUGAGCUCACCUUGGAAUUCCCAGGUUUCAUACUAAACUGUCUCAACCUCACUUAUAUCGAUCUGUCGGUUAACACGCUGUCAGGUCCGCUGCCCGAAUCUUUAUUCACCAACCUCGUCAACCUUGAAUACCUCAACCUCAGCACAAAUUCAUUUGAAGGCCCCCUGUCACAGAAUCUCACCAACCUAUCCAACUUGAAAGACCUUCGACUCGGGACCAAUUCUUUCUCAGGCAGGAUACUCGAGUCCCUUGGCCUAAUGCCGAAUCUUGAAAUUCUCGAGCUUUCCAAUAAUACCCUUUAUGGGAAUAUACCGGCUUCCUUAGGCCGGCUGAGGAAUCUAAAGCGGCUGGACCUUCAUAUGAAUGCGUUGAACUCGACCAUACCUUCCGAGCUCGGUCAAUGCAGUAACCUCACCUACUUAGCUUUGGCCCAGAAUCUCUUAUCCGGGCCCUUGCCUCCUUCCCUGUCGAACUUGACCGAAUUAUCCGAGUUGGGUUUAUCCGUAAACAGAUUGUCGGGUGAUAUCUCGGCUCUUUUGCUGUCCGGUUGGACCAAACUGAUAUCUUUGCAGGUGUUCAACAAUAGCUUCACAGGGCAAAUUCCACCUGAGAUUGGCCUAUUGGCUAAUCUCAACUAUCUGUUUCUCUACAACAAUCGAUUCUCGGGGCCCAUCCCAACAGAGUUGGGCUAUUUACAUAACCUUCUGGCAGUCGACCUUUCGACCAAUCAGCUUUCAGGCCAAAUACCUUCAUCAAUAGGAAACCUCACGAAUCUUACACUGCUAAAUCUUUACUCCAACAACCUCACCGGAAAUAUUCCACCUGAUAUUGGAAACAUAACAUCUCUUCAGAUUCUUGAUCUAAACAGCAAUCAACUCACCGGGCCUUUGCCCGAUUCCAUUUCUACACUAGUCAAUCUCACAACCCUAUCGGUUUUUAACAAUAACCUGUCUGGUAUAAUCCCACCUGAGCUGGGUACCAACAGCCCCGGACUCGCGAAUGUGAGCUUCACGAACAACAGCUUUUCCGGUCAGUUGCCGUCCGGAUUAUGCAGCGGGCUUGCCCUUGAUCAGUUCACGCUGAACAACAACAGGUUUUCCGGGCCGUUGCCAGGCUGCGUGAGAAGCUGUUUGGGCCUUAGAAGGGUACGUCUCGAAGGCAACCGGUUUACGGGAAAUAUUUCCGAGGCCUUUGGGUACCACCCGCAGCUUGAGUAUUUAUCCCUGAGUGGAAAUCAGUUCACCGGGCAGCUCACAUCCGAGUGGGGCCAUUAUGGGAAUCUCUCGAAUUUUCAGAUAGAUAAUAAUAGAAUAUCUGGAGUGAUUCCAGCCGAGCUCGGCAACCUCACACAACUACGUGUUCUCAUUUUGAGCUCGAACGAAUUUACCGGACCAAUGCCCGUUGAGCUGGGAAGGCUCGACCGGCUGUUCAAUCUUAACGUAAGCAAUAAUCGGCUCAACGGAGAUUUUCCACGAACUAUCGGUCAGCUGACGAGGCUUCAGUAUCUUGACCUGUCGGGAAAUGAAUUCACAGGGAAUAUUAAUGCUGACGUUUUCAGAAACUUGGGAGGCUUGCAGAGCCUGAACUUGAGCAAUAACCUUUUAACGGGAAACAUCCCGUAUGAAAUCGGAAGAUUAACGAGCUUGCAAUAUUUCCUGGAUCUCAGCAACAACUCACUUUCAGGACAGAUUCCAUCAUCUUUGGGAAGGCUCAUAUCUCUAGAAAUUCUUAAUCUAUCACACAACAACCUCUCGGGUCGGAUCCCAAACGAGUUAUCGGAAAUGAUCAGCCUCAGAGGUUUCGAUUUUUCAUACAACAGUCUUUCUGGCCCAAUCCCAACAGGAGAUGUAUUCAUCCAAGCAUCAGCAGAGGCCUUUGUUCAAAACUCUGGUUUGUGUGGAGAUGUAGAUGGAUUGCCUCCUUGUUCUGUGAACUCCACCAAUUCCAAUUCCAAAAAUAACAGGAUAAGGAUUCUCAUUGGCACCAUUGUUCCAUCAAUUAGCCUCGUAAUCUUGGCAGGCGUCGUUGCUGGAUGUCUACUCAUGCGAGCGAAAAUCAAGAAAGAGGAAGAGGCCCCUGUGUUGGGUGGCUCCGAAUCCUUCAGCGAGGGAAAAAUCACGUUCGGAGAAAUUAUUCGGGCAACCGAUGACUUUAGCGAGAAAUUCUGCAUUGGAAAAGGCGGGUUCGGGAGCGUGUACAGAGCUGAUUUGCCGAGCGGCCAAAGCGUGGCCGUAAAGAGGCUCGACAUCUUGAAAUCGGACGAGAUAACGCCGGCCAAUCGCAUCAGUUUCGAGAACGAGAUCAAGACGCUGACGCACGUGAGGCACAGGAACAUAAUCAAGCUGCACGGGUAUUGCUCCAGGGGAGAGUCCAUGUACUUGGUGUACGAGUACGUGGAGAGAGGCAACUUGAGGACGGUGCUGUCGGACGACACGGAGGCAUCCCGGGUGGAGUGGCCCGCGAGGAUUGGAAUCGUCCGCGGUGUGGCCCACGCGCUCGCCUACCUGCACCAUGACUGUUCCCCGCCAGUCGUGCACCGUGACGUAUCGGCCGGGAAUGUCCUUUUGGAGGCAAACUUUGAGCCGCGUUUGUCAGAUUUCGGGACAGCCAAACUGCUGACUCCUCAUUCGUCGGCUUGGACCACUGUUGCCGGCUCUUACGGCUACAUGGCACCAGAGCUAGCUUUUACGAUGAAGGUGAGUGAGAAAUCGGAUGUGUACAGCUUUGGUGUGGUGGCACUGGAAGUUAUCAUAGGGCGUCACCCAGGAGAACUCAUUCACUCGCUCAACAACGCCCAAUGGCAAUCAGAUGUGCUCUUGAACGAACUCAUUGAUCACCGGCUCUCGCCUCCCACUGGGGAAACGGCACAAGAGUUGUUUUUCAUAAUCACUGUUGCUUUAUCAUGCACGCAAGAAAGCCCCGAAUUGCGGCCCGACAUGCGGUCUGUGGCCCAGCAACUGUCAGCGACCACCCAGGCUAACCUCUCACACCCACUGGGAACCAAAAGAAUAAGCAGACUGUUAUCUUUCUCAAAGUAG